AUGACUCUUCGGAUGGAAAAUUGUGGUUUGAGAGUAAUAUUAGCCGGAACAUUUAAUCAUGUAACGCUAUUGAAAAAACUUUAUUUGUCCGGGAAUAAGCUUGAAAAUAUUGAAAAAGGCAUGUUCGAGGGUUUAACUACGUUACAAGUACUUGAUUUAGCUCAAAAUAAGAUUAAAAAAGUAGCUACCGAUGCAUUUUUUACAUUGGAUAAUCUUGAUUACUUGAACUUAGCAACAAAUAAGUUGACAAAACUUAAUCUCACAUUGAAUGAACCCUUUGGCAUGACAAUUGAUUUAAGAGAUAAUGCUGACCUAACUGAAAUUGAAUACACUUGCGACGAUGGACAAGAUAGAUGCAGUCUUUUGAUUAUAGAUGAUAACACAGUUGAUUUAACGUGUGACAUGAAACAUCAAUAUAUGGACGGCGUUUGUAUGUUGCAAGAAAUUCAAACAACAGAAGACUCCGUGGCUCGAGUUAAUCGGAAAUUCUUUGAAACCAACUCUGGUUAUUAUCAUUCAUCGGUUUUGAACACCGAACACUUUAAAGAAAUCAUAUUUAUCAACUCCGAUUUGUUUGACUUACCUCCGGUAUUGUUUGAGUUUUAUAAUUAUUUGGAAUAUUUGAACAUGAGUGACAACAAAAUACGCACUUUAGCACAUGACACUUUCGAAAAUGCUUCCGUUUUAGUGGAAUUAGAUCUUUCACACAAUUUAAUAUAUGAGGUGGGUCCAAAUGUAUUUGUUGGUGCAAAGGAAUUGGCUGUUGUUGAUUUGAGUCACAAUCGCAUUGAGAAUGUGGACAAGCAUGCAUUUUUUAUGCUCAAUAAAUUAACAACUCUGAUAUUAUCUAGUAAUCCUUUAAAAUUCAUCGAACUGGAACUGCGAUUCAGUUUUCCCUUGGUAUUGAAUGUUUCAAAUUGCAGCGCUAACGUUCUUCGUGUAACAAGUAACACUGAAUCCUACAUUAUGCCUUUUAGUUCGAGUGUUGUGGAUGCUAGUAAUAACGAGUUGACUGAAGUUGAUUUGUUAAAGGAUGGACCAAUCGUUUCAAUGUUAUUGGAAAAUAAUUUUGGCAAAUUAGAUUUAUCAAAUGUAACAAAUAUGAGGUCAUUAACAACGCUAAGUUUAAGAAACUCGUCUAGUACCAUUAUAAAAAAUGAAGAUUUUACAUCAAUGUCUCAAUUGGAGAGCCUGGAUUUAGCAUACACAAAUUUAAAGUUGAAAUAUGGCUUGUUUUCAUCCGAAUCGAAACUAAGAAAACUUGACUUAUCCGGUAAUCCAGGAUUGGAAUUAAAUUUUCAUAAAUUGGGAAUGUUAUCAGAGCUUGAGGAACUGCUUUUAGAUGAUAAUGAAUUACAAACACUUGCAACUUUUGAUCUUGUAAUGUUGCUGCCUCAACUGAAACAAAUUUCGUUUCUCCAAAAUGACUUUGAUUGCGAUUUGUUGGUCAAAACUAUUCUCUCACUGAAAGAACGACACAUUGAGGUCCAAUAUCCCAAAAAUGAUGAACAGGAAAAGGAGAAGGAUAAUGUAAACGGAAUCCGCUGUAACAGUCCGAGCAAGUUGCAAAGGGACUAUGCUUUGGAGCAGCAAAUAGAUCGACUUGAAAGAACAUUUUUGACGAUUUAUGCGCUUAAAAGAGCUUAUUUGUAA